AUGACUGCCGCCCCCUCUCCAAAUACAACUACAACUACAACGACUGCCGCCCCUCCUCCAAAUACAACUACAACUAACUACAACGACUGCCCCCCCUCCUCCAAAUACAACUACAACUAUAACUACAACGACUGCCGCCCCUCCUCCAAAUACAACUACAACUACAACGACUGCCACCCCUCCUCCAAAUACAACUACAACUAUAACUACAACGACUGCCGCCCCUCCUCCAAAUACAACUACAACUACAACGACUGCCGCCCCUCCUCCAAAUACAACUACAACUAUAACUACAACGACUGCCGCCCCUCCUCCAAAUACAACUACAACUACAACGACUGCCGCCCUCCUCCAAAUACAACUACAACUAUAACUACAACGACUGCCGCCCCUCCUCCAAAUACAACUACAACUAUAACUACAACGACUGCCGCCCCUCCUCCAAAUACAACUACAACUACAACGACUGCCGCCCCUCCUCCAAAUACAACUACAACUACAACGACUGCCGCCCCUCCUCCAAAUACAACUACAACUACAACGACUGCCACCCCUCCUCCAAAUACAACUACAACUACAACGACUGUCACCCCUCCUCCAACUACAGCUACAACUACAACUACUACUGCCCCUCCAAUACAGCCAGACUUCGAAACAGUUGCAGACCUUACGACUUCUAUUAGCAACGAGGAGUGUGGGCGCACAGAGCUCUGUGCAGCUCAACCAGCCGAUUGUAAUCCUGCGGAUCCCAACAGUCCUUGCUUCUUUGUCGGAGCACAGAGGGAAAGUGGCCGUAACUUUCGAAUUAACCUGUCUGGACAGUCUGCUGGCUAUCUUGGCAGCUCUCUGAAAUCUGCACGUGGGGGAAAUGAAACUGUAUAUGCAUGUGCAAAGAACAAACUAAACAAAGUUAAGAUGAUCACUCUUCUAAUAACUCCGAGUGGCCAACGAAUCAUAAUACCGUUGCCCGUCAACCGUGUAGUAGGUAAAAUCAAUGGAAACCAGAUUCAGUGUGCCUUUUCCGCCACUGUCCCUGAUGCCACGGCCACAUCCAGAGUAGCAAGAGAAGUAAGAGCAGAAGAAACCACCUUCACUGUGUCUGUCAUAACUGGAGAAUAUGAUCCUGAUAAUGACAGUAUUGGAGCCCCAGUCCCAAAGAUCACAACACAAGCUGUGGACAUCUCAAAUCCUACUGUAAAUGUCAUGAACAUAGCCAUCACAACAACAGCGGCUCCAACCACAACAGCGGCUCCAACCACAACGGCGGCUCCCACCACCACUGUCAGUACUACAGCUGGUGCCACUUCCACACAGCUCUCAGUGAACACAGGUCUCAUAAUUAUUCUGGGCGUCCUGACUUUACUAUGGCUGUGAUGGACUAAAUAGCUCCUCCUCGGCUACAAGCAAAC